UCGAACGUUAGUUUCUCGCGCGCUAAGCAAAGCUGCAGAACUGCAGGAGUUGUAGGUGUAAAUCUCAUUUUACAGUCUUGCCGAGUGUGGACGCUUGUGACGGCUCUUUAUAAAGAGCCCGCAGUUGAAGAAGAUGGACCUCGGCAAAUUCGAGGAAGAUAACUCCCAAAGCUGCCGCCUGUCGUCGGCUGUUCCAGAGGUGUGUAAGACCGAGGACUGCUGUCUGGGGAUCGACGAGGCCGGACGGGGCCCCGUGCUCGGCCCCAUGGUUUAUGGAAUCUGCUAUUGCCCCAUCUCGAAGAAAACCGACCUUCAGGAUUUGAAAGUUGCAGAUUCCAAGACCCUGUCGGAGGUGGAGCGGGAGAAUCUGUUCGGCCAGCUGGAGGAGGCCAACAGCUACGUGGGCUGGGCCCUGCACAUCCUCUCCCCCAACACCAUCUCCACGGGCAUGCUGCAGAGGGCGAAAUACAAUCUGAAUGCCCUUUCCCACGACACAGCGAUAGGGCUGGUGCAGUAUGCGCUGGACUGUGGCGUGCAGGUCAAAGAGCUGUUCGUUGACACAGUGGGCCCAGCUGAGAAGUACCAGGAGAAGCUGUCCCAGCGCUUCCCAGGCAUAGUGGUCACGGUCCGGCCCAAAGCUGAUUCCCUCUUCCCCAUUGUCAGCGCCGCCAGUAUCUGUGCCAAGGUUUCCAGAGACCGUGUGGUGAAGUCCUGGAAGUUUGUGGAAGAUCUUGGAGAAGUGGACACAGACUACGGAUCGGGGUACCCCAACGACCCCAAGACUAAAGCCUGGCUGGCCAAGUACCUGGACCCCGUGUUCGGGUACCCCCAGUUUGUGCGUUUCAGCUGGAGCACCGCGCAGACCAUCAUGGAGAGCAAGGCUGUGCCUGUGCACUGGGACGACGACGAGCAGGACGGGGAGAAGGCGGCGGCCAAGCAGAACUGCGCCUCCAUGCUGUCUUACUUCAGCCGCAAGAAGCCGGAGAGCGCCGGGAGAGAGCCGCACCGCUACUUCGCCGAGCGGAGACUGGAGACGGUGGAGAACCUGUGAGCGCCCCUCCCCCACUGCACGACGGCCCCACAGACAAGCAGGUCAGGAGGGGGCGUCGACUUGCACCGGGGGUGCAGGGCAUCGCUACCGGAACAUCCACCUCGGGCUUCCGUUUCCAGAAGGUCUGAUGGAAACCUGAAGCCUUCUCUCCGCAGUACUGUCGAGCUGAGCCGACCUCAGGGAUGAUUUCGUUAGCCGUUUGAGCCAGAGGGGAGAGUUUCUGAGACCAUGUCGCCGCUGGAGCACAAAGAGAAAAGGAGAACGCGUACUAAUCUGGUGGACAGCAGAACCCUCAGCCUCCUAGCUGUGCGCAAUUUGUUUCAAUUACUUUUUCCACUGUGCCAGUGCGUGCCGCCUGGACUAGCAAUCGACACCCUUGUGGCGUGAUGUUGUCUUGUGACUGUUUCUCAUUAUGGAAGAAGGGCACAUCUGCAAAAAACACGGCUCCUUGUGAUAGAGAGAGGCCAGCGGUCCAUCUGCCCUCAAAUAAAAUUUGUUCAAUUUCCAGGUUAAAUUCAACAGCGGUAGCUUUGUGGCGGGAUGCGGACUUGGAACUUGUUGAUGGAAUUCCGUUACCCUGGUAACCUUGUGCUGCAGUAGCUACGUUAGUUACGCUGCCAUGGCAACAUAGUCAUGUUUCCUCAUGAAGAAUUCCAGGUUAGAUUACCAGUCCUGAAAUCUGAAAGGACUGCAGGAGCAGCAGCACAUAGACAGCAAGAGAAGUGCUUGAGAAAGGUUGUAAGUGUGAGAACAAACCAUGCUGUUUCUGGAAAGAACAUGGCUGGGUAACUUGUUCCACACUCCCACAACUCUUUGUGUAAAGCAGUAUCUGUAGCAUCCAUGGGUGUCUUUAUUAAUCUCUUUCAAAUUAAACCUUCCAGCCCUG